AGGAGUUCCUCUGUACUGCACUAGGGGUGUGCUCUAUGCUGUGCUGAGGAGAUUGCUGCAGGACUUCCUCUAUGUUGCCCUGGGGGUGUGCUCUAUGCUGUGCUGAGGAGAUUGCUGCAGGACUUCCUCUAUGUUGCCCUGGGGGUGUGCUCUGUGCUGUAAGGUAAUGGAGGAUAUUGCUGCAGCUUUAGCAGUUCCUCUAUAGCUGUGCUGCACUGUGGGUGUACGGAGAUUACUGCAGUGCACCUGUCCGAUCUAUUUAACCAUACCCUGGAUGGAUGGAUUUUCUGACCAUUUUUCCACAGUGUCUCUUCCGGAUAAGAAUUUGUCACAAUUGUUAGAUAACAGGAAGAAAACCAUUUUUUUUUUUUUUUUGAGUAAGCUACUUCCCGUGUAACGCUUAGCACAAUGACUGAAUUUCUGUUCUGCUUCAGCUGCUGCAUCGGGGAGCAGCCCCAGCCGAGGCGGAGAAGGAUUGACAGAAGUAUGAUCGGAGAACCGAUGAAUUUUGUCCAUACCGCCCAUUUUGGAUCUGGGAAUGCAAACUCAGAGGUUGCAAAGGGUGGGUCUUUCCAAGACCAUAUGAAAUCAAAAGGUGGCUAUUCCUCCAGUGUCUCUGAAGUGGCACUAUAGCAGCUGGCUGCGUGACAAGUAAGGGGUCUGGGACAUUGCACAAACCUUUUCCUGCUAAAGAAUGAGUGGAAAAAGAUCUGAAAAUAUGAAGGACGUACUUUUGUGUGAACCCACCAUGCACGUUGGGGAUGUUCUACUGAAAUUGAGUUUACCUAGUUCAGAUUUUUGGCUUUUUAAUGGUUACGGUACAAAUGUUACACGUAUGGCAUUAAUGCCGUUAUACUUCUGCGUUUUGCAGACUCUCUAAAGUGCACUAUUCUAUCCUGCGGCCAUACUCUGUUGACCACACUGGAUUUUUUCUUUGAAAGAUUGAUGCCACAAUGUAACUUAUUUAUGCGAUGUCUGAAAUGCCAAAUUUUAUUUUCACAACUUGAUUAAAACUAUAGAUUUGGAAUACGA